AUGAAAGCUCUCACUGUCGACACGAUUUGUCAACCCUUGGAGCCAGUCGCCUUGAACAUGGAAGCAAAUCCACAUCUUGCUAAUCUCAUAUUCAUCGACGUUUACCCGAGAGGCUCGGCCGAAGUGGACAUUCUGAUAGGUGCAGAUUAUUACUUCUCAUUCGUGAAUGGUGAAUGCAUAAAAGGUUCAAAACCAGACACACUUACAGCUGUAAAUUCCACGCUUGGUUGGAUUGUAUCAGGACCUUUAACUGGUCGAUCCACUAGUAACACCACUGCAAUGUUUACCUGUGUUCGUCCUGAUCCUGUCGAGAACAUUCUUAAGAGCUUUUGGGAGUUAGAUGCAAUCGGUAUUGUUGAUGAGGGAACUAAACUAUCGCUCGAAGAGAAUGAUGCUGUUUGCCAGUUUAAAUGUUAAAUGAGAAUUGAAAUUUGAUGGCCAACGGUACGAAGUAUCCUUACCAUGGAAAGAAAAUCAUCCUGAGCUUUGUGAUAAUUACAACAAGGCUGUCAAGCGACUAGAAAGUGUAGAGAAACAACUGCUCAGAAAUUCGAUAAGAGCUGAAGCUUACAAGAGCUCAAUCAACCAAAAUCAUGAGAGAGGAUUUGCUGAAGAAGUCAAAGAUACCAAAGCACAUGACAAUGAUAUUAAGUUGGUACGAUAUCUGCCACAUCAUGCUGUUUUUCAUGAUGACAAGAAAACACCUAAAUGUCGUGUUGUAUUUGAUGCCUCAGCUCGUGAAGAGGACGGUGUUUCGCUUAAUGAUUAUGUUUUACCUGGUCCCGCACUACAGCCUAAUCUGGUCUCGGUGUUGUUACGCUUUCGUACUCAUAAAAUUGGACUGAUGGCUGAUAUUGAGAAAAUGUUCCUUCAGAUAAAGCUUGCAGAAAAGGAUCGCGAUGUUCAUCGCUAUGUCUGGAGAGAUAUGCAAAUAGAUGGUUCCCCAACGAUAUACCGGAUGACGCGAGUUGCGUUCGGAGUCAACUGCAGCCCAUUCCUUGCAAUUGCUACAGUUCAGAAUCAUGCGGAAAGGUUCAUGUUAGAGUUUCCUGAAGCUGCAAAGAGGGUCAUGGAUGAUAUGUAUGUUGGUGAUUGUCUGACAGGAGCCGACGACAAAGAAGAAGCUGUGAAGUUGCAAAAAGAACUGACAGAGUUAAUGCAUCGUGCUGCGUUUAAUUUGACAAAGUGGUCCAGUAAUACGGAGGACGUCCCCAGUCACGUUGAAGAGAAAGAUAGAGCACCUAACGCGUUGAUUGAUUUCCGUGAGAGAGAGCCACUUAAAGCAUUGGGAAUCUGCUGGAACACUUUAACGGACUGCUUUGAAUUCCACAUCCCGUAG